AUGUUGGAAGCUUUGUUGGGUGUGAACCGAAAUAACCCACCAGAGCCAAAUGCUCCAUCGGCUCUUGUCGUAGGAGACAUAAGCGUUCUAAUAAUACACAAAGUUAACAAUACCGAUGACGGCGUGUACAAAUGCGAAGCAACAAAUGAAUGCGGAACUGUAGUUACAGCUGCAAACGUUACAAUUGGAGAUAUUCGAUGUCACUUUGACACGUCUUUCCCCGAAAUCAGUGAAGCUGAGGCUGGAGAAGACAUCAAAUCCGUGGAAAGUACGGAUAGCGGUACAUAUCGUUGUGAAACUUCGGAUGGAAGAAGUAAAACAGAAGGAGAGUUACAUAUAAAAGAAACCAAAUCUCACAUCAUUCUUGGACCCCAGGAUCAAGUUAUCACUCGCUGUGGUGAUACAGCCACGCUAAGUUGUGAAUUGAGUCAUCCCUCAGCUGUCAUCAAGUGGUUCAAAAACGGAAAAGAAAUCUGGCAGCAAGCUAGCAAGUAUUCUUUAACCAAUGAAGGAUGUACGUCAAAACUGGAAAUCCUCAAUUUUGAAAGAAGCGACAUUGGUGACUAUCACGCAGCUCUCGAUGAAGAAGAACUAUCGGUCCCUGCUCAUAUAAGUUUGGAAGUUCCUCCAGCAAUAGAAGUUGAAGAAGGAAUCAAAGAUAAAGUUCUCGUAAAGGCUCAUGACGAGCUUGACUUCCACGUAAAAAUUUCUGGAGAGCCAGCCCCAAGCGUUACUAUUCUGCACAACAACUCACAAAUUAAGGAACGUGCCUUAGUAAAAGUAGAUGGAGAAACUAUCAGAAUUCGCAUGAAAAAUCUAACCCUUGUUGAUUCUGGAAUAGUCAGUAUUUCUGCGGAAAGUUCCAAUGGAACUGCUAAGGAAGAGUUUGAAAUUUGUGUCCUAGACGUUCCAUCUGCUCCUCUUCAAGCUUCCAUACAACAGAGGAGCAUAGACGUCAAACACCAGAAGCAGCCAGAGUGUGAAGACAUGCGCGAUAACGAGACAAAAGAUGCCGUUACCAAAAUAGAAUUGGAGGAAGUUGGAGCAGGAAAAGCCGUUAAGGUCCGAAAUGAGUCUGACGCUGCUCCAACCUCUACGAGAAAACGAGGUGCUCCUAUCCUCAGUCCUGUAUCCGAUGUGGUGACUGUAAAAACUGGCGAACCUGCUAAGAUAUCAGUCAACGUCGAAGGAUCCAUGGAUGUGCACUGCCUAUGGAAGAAGGAUGGCAAUUCAAUAAUGGUACGCUAUCUAUAA